AUGGCCAUCUCGAACGGUAACACAUCUCGCACCGCCGGUACGCCCAAGUGCAUGCCCGGGCCGAACCCAGCGCCUUGCUUCUGGCAGAAAGACCUAUCACAGGAUCUGAACGAGCUACGUGACCACCGCUCUUCAGAGCAGCUCCUUGACUACAGCGACAUUGUCAUCAUCGGCGCUGGAUUCGCGGGCCUCAGCACGGCGCACCACCUCGUUCGAGACGCUGGCGCCAAGUCUAUCUGUAUCCUUGAGGCCCGGGGUAUCUGCUCUGGAGCUACUGGUCGUAACGGUGGACACUGUAGGCCAGAUCUCUACGGUCAUAUUCCUACCUACAUAGAUCGAGCUGGCGAGCGCGCUGGUGCUGAGAUUGCGGAGUUUGAGAUUGCGAAUCUUCGCGCCAUCAAGAAGAUUAUUGAUGAAGAGAAGAUCGAUUGCGACUUCACUCUUACCCGAUCUAUUGAUGUCUGGUGCAACGAGGAAUCGGCUAAGAAAGCAGAAGCCGUGUACCAAUCAAUGGUGUCUCAUAACUUUGAGUAUAUGGACGAUGUUGUGUUUUACACAGGCGACAAAGUCAAAGGUAUCUGCGGUGUUAAAGGCGCUGUUGCAUGCGCAAGCUUUACCGCCGGGACCAUGUGGCCCUUUAAAUUCUUGAUGCACCUCACAAGAAAACUCAUCGCCGCAGGCGUCAACGUCCAGGCCCAUACACCUGUCACUUCUGUGACGCCAGAUCCCUCCGGUGACGGUUCAUUCAUCGUCGAGACGCCUCGUGGCAAGAUGCGAGCAGGAAAGGUGAUUCAUGCCAACAACGCCUAUGUCUCAGCGCUUCUUCCUGAGUACAGCAAGAACAUCAUCCCCUGUAAGGGCAUUUGCUGUCGUAUCACUGUCCCAGAGGGAACUACAGCGCCGCUAUUGAACAACUCUUACAUAAACCGCACCAAGGAUAACACACUCUCAUACUUUAUCCCUCGACAUGAUGGCAGCAUAAUUGUAGGCGGCGCUUCGUCCCUGUUCCGGCCAUUUAAGGAACAGUGGUAUGACAAUGUAGACGACAGUGUGCUUAUCGACUCUGCAAAGGACUACUAUGAGGACUACAUGCAGCAGACCUACCGUGGCUGGGAGGAGACUGGUGCUAAAGUGAGCAAUAUCUGGACUGGCGUGAUGGGUUAUUCAUACGACUCAAACCCACACAUCGGUAAGGUUCCCAGCAAGGAUGGGCAGUUCAUCGUAGCUGGGUUUAAUGGACACGGUAUGCCUGUCAUUUGGUUGGCAGCCAAAGAGCUGGCUAAAAUGGUAGCGCAAGGGACUCAAUUCGAGGAGACGAAACUGCCUCGCUUGUUCCAGACAAGCCAGUUCCGCAUUGACCGGGCACAGAGCGGUAAGGAGGAGGAUGGUGAUAUUAUAGGCACCGGUUGGAACAAGGAUCUCAAGGAGAACCAGGUCAGCUAUGCAUAG